UCACCUCCUUCUCUCUCCACUGUUUUGCGUGUAAAUCUUGUUUCCAGAAAGCAUUUUCUGAUAACAUUUUUCUCUAUUCUCGUGUUUCUUCACUUCAAAAAAACAGAUUUUUGUCUCAUGGGUGGUUCAGGGAACUGGCUAAAAUCGCUGAUUGGGCACAAAAAUGCCCAGAUCAAAGACCAUGAGAAGGAGGCUGGUGGUAAUGGGAGGAGAAAAUGGAGGCUGUGGAGGAGCUCUUCGGGGGGUUUGGGUUUGAAAGGAAAGAACGUGGCGGCAUCAGAGGCGUCCGAUUCUUCAGUGGUGGCUGGUAAUGGGUUCUCUGCUGCUGUGGCUGCCGUUGUUCGAGCUCCGCCCAAGGAUUUCAUGGUGGUUCGCCAAGAAUGGGCUGCGAUUCGCAUCCAGACCGCUUUUCGAGGCCUUCUGGCAAGAAGGGCCCUGAGGGCCUUGAAAGCUCUGGUGAGGCUUCAGGCCAUAGUCCGUGGCCGGCAGGUCAGAAAGCAGGCGGCUGUGACACUCAGGUGUAUGCAGGCACUUGUUCGGGUUCAGGCCCGAGUCAGGGCUCAGUGUGUGAGCAUGGCCUCAGAAGGGCAGGCACAGCAGAAAGUACCUGAUCAUCUUCAAAACCUGCCUGAUCCCAUUAAGCAGGCAGAGGAAGGAUGGUGUGAUAGAAGGGGCACUGUGGACCAAGUAAGAACAAAGUUACAGAUGAGGCAAGAAGGAGCUAUCAAGAGGGAGAGAGCAAUUUCCUACUCCAUCUCUCAGAAGCCCUCAAGAACAAACCAUUGCCCAUAUUUGAGAACAAGCAAAUCGGCGAAUUCUCUUAAGCAGCAGAAGCAGGACAAUAACUGCCCAGGAUUGAGCUGGUUGGAGAGAUGGAUGGCAGCAAAGCCGUGGGAAAACCGGUUGAUGGAAGAAGUCCAGACCGAGCGGCCAGAGAUGACUCCAUUGUCUAGAAGAAGUGAAGAUUGUUAUACCGCAGGUUUUCGAUCAAAUUCUUCUGAGCACAGCAUACUCAAACCUAAAAGGAACAACAACAGCCUCACUCCCAGGAUGUAUCCAAGAUCUCCGGUUGUUGGCCAAAUUUCUCGGUCAUCUUCCGACCCGAGCUCUGAAUUUCUCUAUGAUGGAAGCUCAGAAUCAACCUCAUCAUCUAGCAAUACAGUAAUGGAGAUGGUAGAGGAGAAUCAUACAAGCAGACCCAGCUACAUGAAUCUCACAGAGUCAAUCAAGGCCAAGCAGAAAGCCUCCAAGUAUUCUUCUCCUCCAAGGCCUUUAAUGGAGGAUGCUCAGCUACAUAUGAAAUCAAUGGCAAUCUCUACUGGGGAUACAAAGAGCAGUACUGGUUCUUAUACCCCAUCAGCUAAGCUCUGCAAAGACCUUUACCCUACAAUACAAUUGGAUAGAUUCAAUAGGAUAAAAGGCAACAAUUGUCUAUUCUGAUAGAGGAGCAGGGGGCAACACCUUGUUGUCUUAAUGAUACUGAAACCACUCAAUUGGAAAAAGUCGUGUGAGAAUUGGUUGUUAGAAUAUAGUUUUGGUUUGGGAUUAUGGAUUUAUAGUUUUAGUUGUUAGAAUAUAGUUUUGGUUUGGGAUUAUGGAUUUAUACUUGUUUACACAGCAAUUGUGGCUAUACAAUAGUUUUGGUUUGAGACA